AUGACUCCUGAAGAAAAGCUUGACUUUGAAACGUUUUAUUUUGCACAACCUGUUGACCAUUUUGAUGCAACAUACACAGCUACUUUCAAGCAACGAUAUCUUGUUUCAACUAAAUAUUGGAAUAAAAAUGGUGGACCCAUCUUCAUGUAUACAGGCAAUGAAGGAGACGUUGUUUGGUUUCUGAGAAACACGGGUUUUAUGUUCAAAAUGGCUGCCAAAUUUCAAGCGAUGAUGGUGUUUGCUGAGCAUCGAUAUUAUGGAAAAUCUCUACCAUUUGGAAGUCAGUCCUACAAGGAUCCUCUGAAGCUCUCCUUUUUGACCUCAGAGCAGGCUUUAGCAGACUAUGCUAAACUGAUUGGUCAUAUCAAAUCUACUGUCAGUGGUGCCCGAAAUAGUUCAGUGGUAGCUUUUGGUGGCUCUUAUGGUGGAAUGCUUUCUGCUUGGUUCCGCAUGAAAUAUGCUGGUGUUGUGGAUGGAUCAAUUUCUGCCUCUGCUCCUAUUUGGCAAUUCACUGGGCUUUCCCUUUGCAAUGGUCCAUAUAAAGUCAUCACAGACACUUUCAAAAAAGCCUCAGUUCAGUGUGCUAAAAAUAUCCGUGCCUCCUGGGAUGUCAUUGACAAGAUGAGUAAUUCAGAAGCUGGGUUCAAAUUCAUGACAGAUGAGUUUAAGUUAUGUUUUCCAUUGAAUUCAUCAAAUAUUAUGGAUUUUAAAAAUUGGUUGAGUGAAACUUGGUUUGAUCUUGCUAUGAUUGACUAUCCUUACCCUGCCAACUUUCUACAGCCUCUUCCUGCAUGGCCUGUUAAGCAAACAUGUCUCUCUUUAAAUACUACAUUUUCUAAUGACGCUGCCCUUAUCUCAGGCCUGGCUAAGGCUUUACAAGUUUACUAUAAUUACACAGGUCAAAUAUCCUGCUUCAGUCUUUCAAGCUCUGGUCCUUUAGGAACACUCGGAUGGUUUUAUCAGUCAUGUACUGAAAUGGUGAUGCCAUUCUGCACCAAUGGCAUAACAGACAUGUUCCAACCCAGCAGCUGGAAUUUUACUAAAUAUUCGUUGGCAUGUUAUCAAGCCUGGAAGGUUUACCCUCGCAAAAAUUGGAUUAAGACUAACUAUGGAGGAAAGAAUAUUGAGUCGGCGUCAAAUAUUGUUUUUAGCAAUGGUUUACUGGAUCCUUGGUCUGCUGGUAGCGUGUUGAGAAAUAUCUCUGAUUCACUUGUUGCCGUUAUCAUGCCUGAAGGAGCUCAUCAUCUUGACUUGCGUUCCUCAAACCCUGCAGAUCCUCAAUCUGAAGUGGUUGAAAAAAGGAUAAUUCUGGUUACUUUGUUGAGGUUCCAAGAGUACCAUGGAUGA